GAUGCGAAAAAUAUCGAUGCUGAGAAAAAAAUGUGACAACAAAUAAUCGAAUGCGUGGCAGUGCAGUUGGAACAACAGAACUACCAAAUGUUUACAAAGUGCAAGACUGGAUAACCCAUCAAGCAGAAUUAUUCACGCCGAAUACAGGUAACAAGUCAUCAUUCUGUGGACUUUAUCCUGUGCUCUAGCCGAUGUCCUCGACCAAUCAGACAGCUAGGAUGGGUUCUUUGCUAAGGCACGUCACAUUCAAGACUGCAGCCCUGGGCUUCACAUCACUCUUUAUAGCAGCCAUCAUCUUCAUGUACUACCCAUCAGAGAAGUUGGACCAACGAGCUUCAUUGAGUAAAAUAUCUGCCAAGAAUCAAGAUACGGCUGAAGAUCUAGUAAAAGGAGCAAAAGCAGUAGUAGAGGGGCAAGCAGAAACAACUCAGGUGUGUAAACGGAUCGACUUGGAAGCAAACAUGAACUGGGACGAGCUGAAGAGUGAAGCAAUGAACAAUGUCAAAUUAGUGCAGAAGAAAGGCUUCUUGGAGGAAAUUGACAAUGCGGUUAUCUAUUACAGAGAGGUUCUCCCAGCCACAGAGCCUAAAGGCACCCUUCUAUUUCUCCAUGGGAUGAGAUUUAAAUCCUUGACAUGGCAAGACUUGGGUACAUUGAACUAUAUGGCUUGUCAUGGUUACAGAGCCGUCGCUGUAGACCUGCCAGGAUAUGGUGAAUCUAAGAAGGCCGAUGUAAGCAGUGCCACUUUCAUGACGAACUUAAUGAAGACGCUGAACAUGAAACAAGCAGUGAUCAUCAGUCCUUCGAUGAGCGGCAGUUUCUCCAUCCCCUUCCUCAAGGUACAACCAGAAGUCUUCAAAGGCUUCGUCCCAGUGGCUCCUGUUGGUACCAACAAGCUCACCAAUGAGGAAUAUGGUGCCAUUGAGGUACCUACCCUGAUUGUAUAUGGAGAGAAGGAUGAAAGCAUUGGACUGGAAUCGCUAAAGGCACUCAAGAACCUGAAGAACAAUGAGAUUGUCCAGCUGAAAGAAGCCGGUCAUGCUGCCUACAUGGACAAACCGCUCGAAUUUCAUCAUCACCUGUUGACCUUCUGCGAUAAGCUGUAUGCUUGAGAUAGAAUCCCUACACGUCUUCGUCAAACACCCAGUCCUGCUCGUAUGGCUAUUCUUCUUCUCGUAAACUGAUAGAAAUCAAUUGACUUUCAUGACCAGCCACUCCUUGAACUUCUGCAAUAAGCUGUAUACUUAAAGUAGAAUCCCUACACGUCUUCGCCGAACACACAGUUCUGCUCGUAUGGCUAUUCUUCUUCUCGUAAACUGAUAGAAAUCAAUUGAAUUUCAUCACCACUCCUUGAACUUCUGCGAUAAGCGGUAUACUUAAGAUUGAAUCUCUACGCAUGUUUGCGAAACACAGUCCUGCUCGUAUGGCCAUUCUUCUUCUCGUAAACUGAUAGAAAUCAAUUGAAUUUCAUCACCUUUCUUUGAACUUCUGCGAAUUAAGCUGUACGCUUAAGAUAGAAUCCCUACGCGUCCUCGCCAGACACAGUCCUGCUAGCAUGACACUUCUCUUCCCCUUAAACUGAUAGAAAUCAAUUGAAUUUCAUCACCUUUCUUUGAACUUCUGCGAAUUAAGCUGUAGCUUAAGAUAGAAUCCCUACGCGUCUUCGCCAGACACAGUCCUGCUCGUAUGGCCAUUCUUCUUCUCGUAAGCUGAUAGAAAUCAAUUGAAUUUCAUCACCACUCCUUGAAUUUCUGCGAUAAGCUGUGUACUAAAGAUAGAAUCCCUACGCGUCUUCCCAAACACAGUCCUGCUCGUAUGGCACUUCUCUUUCCCCUUAAACUGAUAAAAAUCAAUUCAAUUUCACCAUCACUUUUUUUAUUUUCUGUGAUGAUCUGUGCACUUCAAAAUUUCAUCACCAUUCUUUUAACUGUUACUAUCAUUUACUUCUGCAGUAAUAAUAAUAAUAAUAAUAAUUACAAUGAUAGGGCGCUUUAUACAGGCGUUUCUAAGCGCACAUGUGGUGCUGUCUAACUCAGUAUAAUUAUUUAACAUUUUCAAUAGCUUAAAAGCGACAAAAUAAAAUAAAAUAUUACUAAUAUAAUACAAUUCAGUAAGCUGUAUACUUUGGACAUGAUUUAUUCACCUCACUGGGCUAUCAUAUUUUCCUCUUGAAAUGGUAGAAAACACUUGAAUGUCAUCACUUCUUUGAUUUUCUGCAGUAAUCAGUAUGGUUGUUGCCAAAAUAGUCCUGGUAUUGGGAUUCUCGUAUUCAUCAUUCGAUGUGUUGUCAGCAUGCACCACAGGUUGUUGUAAGGACACUGCUGUAUGCAACUUUGUUUUCUUAUGAUUCUUCUUGGAAUCCAAGAUUUCAUCUAAAUGUAUGUGUAAUUCAUCAUCUUUCUUCUAUGUCAAAAUUCUUUGCUAUCAUGCUUUAGGAAUUUAAGGUGCUUGCUGCACUUUGUUUGAUGAAAGGAAAUUGUAGGUGAGGGUUUUAUACGUAAUGUGAUGUAGACACAGAUUUGUGGAGAUCUGUCCAGCAUAUGAGAUUCAAUCAUUUAAAAACUUGGCACUGUGGGUGCUUUCCUGUAUAUUUUCGUAUAUUUCAAAAUAUUUUAUGCAUUCUUACAUAUAUUAUGAAUUAAUACAUUAAGAUUGAUUUGAAUAUAUUGUGCCGCCAUAUUUAUAUAUAAAGGAAAAUUAAAUUAAAAAUAUUCUUUAUUGUAAAUGUAUUAAAAAUCUGUAUUUUUUGGCUGACUGUUAUUUUUUAAUGUAAUUAAUUAAUUUUUGUUGUAUUUUAAGUUCAUCUAAUCUAAUGUAUGUAUAUUGUCUAUGCCUUUCACUUAACCACAUCACGGUUUAUGGAAUUUUGUUAAAUCAAUAUACUAAACCUAAUUUAUUAUAAUAGUGAGUUAUUGUAUAGCGCUCAUGUCUGUCAGACUUGACACUCCUGGCGCUCCCCAUUAUUACCCUGGCUUUAGCACAGCUGCCAUUACAGCGCUCUAGCAUUUCAAGGAAUUGAUUCCUGACAGGUACCCAUUUACAUCACCUGGGUUGAGUGUGGCAAAUGUAGAUCAAUGUCUUGCCAAAGGACAUUAGUGCCGCGCUGGGACUCGAACCGCGGACCUUGUAAUCGACAGUCCGGUGACAUAUCCACUCGACCACGACACCUCUAUAGAUCGGAAGUUAAUCAAACCAUUAAUUAUUAGAUCUAGAUUUGAAGAAAGUUGUGUUUAGAAGAUGCAUGUAGUACAUUUUCUUAGUACCAGUACGUGUGAUUAGUGAAUGCAGACAUUUAUUUAUAUCAUGUAAUUAACAGAAUUAAAUUUUGUUAAGUGGUAUUGUUUUGUUUUUUAAGAAAUUGGGAGAAACCAAAUUGUUUGUGUCUAAAGGAAUUUGUCAAAGAAAAUUGAAUUUUUAUAUGUAUAUUUUGGAUCAGUAAAUUUACCUUUAUAUUAUUUAAAUUGGUAUAAAAUUUCAAACAUAAAUCAAGAGAUGAAUAUGUGCCUAAUAAAUGAGUUGCAUAUUUGAAUAUUGCCCUUACAGUGAAAGCAUAAAGAUGAUGACGUGUAAAUUCAUGAAUGUGUUGAAAGUUGAGUUCCUUGUCAUUUGGAUUUCUCAAUGAUUGUAACAAUCUUACUUUUUUUCUUCUUUUGUCAUGAAUUAAUCAUGAAAUUGUUAAGACAGACAAAAAUAGUUCAAUAAUAGUAAUAGCUCAAAAUAGCAAUUGAAAUAAGCAACAAAGAUCUUUCAACAGCAUCUUGGCUGGUUCGUUAUUUUUAAGUUUAAUAUUUAGAUUGUCGCUCCUACUAAUCGCUCUAAGAACUCUUUUGAAUGGCAUAAAGUGUACUCUGAUUAGAUGUGCAAGUCCAAAAGUAAUAUGCAUACAAAGUCAUUGUCAUGUGAGAACUGUGGAAAAUGGUCUAAAGCACAGAUGGCCUUGAUGUUUGAAAUGCUCAAACAUGGAACGAUUAAUUUGGGAGUAUAUAAACUUCUGUUUUCAACCCUAGCUUCUGUGUUAAGAUUAUUUAAAUCUCAGAAUACUGUAACAAUAAGAUUAAAUCACAUAAGAUAUUUGAGAGAGUCGGAGUCAAUAUGAUAUUGGAAAAAAUAUCUAUUAUAAAGGCUGAACAUAUUAUUUGACACAAUUGAAUAUCAAAUUGAUCAGAACUUCUAAAUUGUUCAAGAGGAUAGUAUACUGUCAGUUUGAAUAAUAAAUAUUAAUGGAAUAUAACAUCUUUUUCUGUAAAAACAGUUAUACAGUAUAUUCUGCAUAUUUGUUCAAAACUUGUGUGUACAGCUACAAUUAUCACUAUGUCAAGCAUGUAAAUGAAAGUUUAGCAAUACUGUUCUUGAAUAAAGGUACCAGGAUUUUUUAUUCA